UCCGCGUGGUCGCAUCGACCGACGGCGACGAAAGCGAGCAGGAAAAACCAGCGAGAGCGUGUGUGCGUGUGCGUUCGCAAACGAAAGGCAAUAAUCGUAAACGGCGUUAUCGGUGUACCGGCAGGGGCAAUGCAGCAACAGUGCGUGUUGAGCGAAUAAAUCUGGCUACAUACGAAAAGGGCGACACUUUUCAUGGACACUACCAUGAAACGGAAACCGUCGGGCUCGACGUUUGCAAGCGAGAAAUUUCCUCCAACGUUCGGCGCGUUUUGAGUGCCCGAUCCGAAGCUUGAAGCUGCAAGGCUUUUCCCCGGCCGGUCCGUCACCUGUCAAGGCGUUUGUUUGUUCCGGUCGUUGACAGUGGGCUCGUUCCAGGACCUCCCGUCGGUGUGCUUCCUCGCCUCGGACACCCGUACGAUCCUUCGCAGGGAACGCAUUCGAACGCGUGCGCAUCCCGGCGCACGCUGCACCGUCUCGCUCGCGUUUUCUGUCUCGCUUUCACGCCCUUCCACGGCGGGUAGGGCAUCCGUGUGGCCAGCAUCAGCCGCCAUAGCGCUUUUCUCGUCCUCGCGUUAUUGAUUGGUGUCCGUGUUCGUGGUCGCGUGUUCGCGCGUUAGUUCAGUGUCCUGUGCGUUUUCUUGUGAUCCUUCGAAGGGCGCGAUUUCGUAUUUUCCGUGCCCCGUGAAAGCGAAGUGUGCGAGGUGCAUUUCGAUAUUCAGUUCUAAGUGUAGUUGAUGGCAGCGAUUUCGUUUGCAGCAGUGAAAAGCAUUGGUCGCCAGUGUAUCAAAAGGCAUCACGCCUAGCGAGGGUUUUCUGAGCCUCCGCAGUGACCGUAGUGCAUUAGAUCGUCCAAAGGAUAACCAACCGAUUGCAACGCUGCUACACUGCCAAAGGGGAAAAAACGCAAAAAGCGUGUAGCGGGAAAUACCAGACGCCUCCACCAUCGUACAGCGUGCCGAUAAGCAGCCCGUAACCCUUUUCCUGCUGACACCGGUGCACCGAAACGGCCGUCAAAAUUACGCAGAACACGCAAAAGAUGUCCUCGCUGGUGCUGAGGAGCCUCUCGAUACUGCUCGGGUUGUUCUUCAUAUUCAUCGGCAUCAUGAAGAUCUCGCCACACCUCAGCAAGGAUCUGCAUCGAGAUUUGCGCAAGAACUACGUCAAGUAUGCGAAAGUAUUUCCCCUCUCGACACUGCUGGAAUUCAAAAUACCCUCCAAAUGGUAUCGGCGGUCGGUCGGCGGUCUGGAGGUGCUGUGCGGGCUCGCUAUGGUGCUCAUUCCAAGCCAUAAAAUAAAAAAUGCGGCCAACAUAACGCUCCUCAUGCUGAUGUUCCUGGCCGUCUACUCGCACUACAUGGUCAGCGAUCCGUUCGAACGGUCCGGUCCCGCGCUCGUCUUCACCUUCAUGCUCAUCGGCCGGCUAGUGAUAUGGUAUCAGGCAAGCCGGCGAGAAGCGGCCCUGGCAGCUGCCUCGCAGCCAACCUCCAACGGACUCAAGCAGGAGUAAAAGUGCCCCCCAGAUGCUGCUCUCCGCUGCUGAUCUCAGUUCCCUAGACCGUACGAUAGCGAAAGGAGUAGAAUGACGAAUGGAGGCGCGAGGAGAGGAUGAGACGGGGAAAGGAUUAAAUUCUUCAACCAGCAACCAAACCAAAUCAAUCGAACAAAAAGGCAAUUUUCCGUGCAGCAAGCGAAAACAGGAAAAGGAAGCUUAACGCAGGCAAUCUACUGUUAAGGAUACGCCGGUGGUGCCGAAUGAAUUGUGUUUUUCCCCCCGGAGUUCAACAUGCACAAUACUCAACACGAAAAGGACAUUAUUAUGAAAAGGACAUCGGAAGCUUAUGGUUUCAGCUCUACUGUGAACCGCACUGAGUAACAUGAGAUAGAGCAGGGUAAGGACCGCCUAGAGAACACCUUUGCAAUUUGCACCAUCCUUAUCCCGAAGGUGCUACCCAAGCGCAACGAACUGCAGGCAAAAUCGGGUUCUACAACGAAACACUGCUUGCAAAACACAUGGAAUUCCCUCCUUGGAUUGCCGCUCGGGGUUUUUUUAUCAUUAAAUUUGUUUUUCUAUGGGAAUAUCAUUCGAAAAGGAGUUGCGCGUGAAGAUGAGGAACACCAUUUUAUCAUUUACAAACAUUUUGCUGCAUCGCCCGGGAAGGAUUCUUUGUGUUACCACCCUCUGCUGUUCUGCCGGCAGUAGAAAGAGCAAGAGCGAUGUGACCGGAGGUGUGGUGCUGGUGAGCAAAAAGGGUGCACUUAUGGGAGGGAAAACUUGACGGAUUUUGUUUUUCGCAUCGGAUUUUAGAAGUCUUUGCCGAUCGACGGAAUGCGCGACACCAGGAUCGCAUCUCCCAACUCAGGAGACGAACGAGCAAACGCGAAUUGUGGUUAUUUGUGUCUUUUCUUUUCUAUUGAAUGUGAUCGUAAUAAAAAAAAGCAAUCUCUCUAGUCAGCCGCAUACGUUUCGUUUCGCAACGAGGUUUAUUUUGUCAUCUAGACGCGAUGUAGAGACCGGUUAGUUCGCUAAGGCACACCUAGGCAACCAGUGAUAACCGGGAGCGGGUUACGUGAUUUUUAUUUACUUUGUUUUUUGAUUAUUCAUUCUUUUGAAUGUUAGAAUAUAAAGUAAGUGGCAAUAGCAAUGCACAAUAAUGCACCCGGUUCAAGCGCAUGCUGUGGCGUUUGUAUGCGGAUCUUCAUCUUCGAGACGAUAGUAGAAAGGUAGCACUUCAUCAAUCAAAAUGGCACACCUAGAAUAGCAAGUGGCACGGAGGGAUACAGCGUGGAAGUGAAUCAUAAUAUGCCCAUCGGCCACGUGAACAAUGAAACGAACGUAGUAGAACACCUUCACAAUCCCGCAAGUGACGAAAAUUACGAACAUACGAGAAGCAAAACCGCGUUUCUACUUCAAACAGGCACAUAAUUCUUAAGACAAAACAGCAUGUUAUUAUAAAUACCGCAAUAACGAGGAAAGGGUGGCAAGUUUAUGGCAUCAGCGCGAGUGUGGAGAAGAGCAAGUUACAAUUUUUAACGCGUAUCAAUCGACAACAAUCUUCCGGAAUUCUUCUUCGUGAUCCUCAGAAUGGCAUACUCAAAUACCAAUAAAACUAACCGGAUAUAAACGGCAUAUACUCAAAAUGCGAGAAACGAGGAAAACAAAACGAUAAAAUAAAAUAAGGAUACAGCAUCAAACCGAUACAAACAAACAAAAAAAAACUAUGCAACAUUUGUGAUGAUUUGUGUUUAAAGAGUUUUGUACAAAAGAAAAUUCCCCGCACAACUUGAAAAAUAAUCCGCUGUUUUAAGCUAAAAAGUAUGAUUUCCAUUUUUUGAUUUUUUUUUAUUAAAACUUACUUGCGCAUCUUGCACAUCAACGGUGUUUCAUUUUAC